GUUAUCUAAUUCUUGUAUAUUUACCAUAGCAAUAGCAUGUCAAAAGUCUGCGAGUACUUUCUACGCGGAAAAUGCAACUUUGGCGACCGCUGUCGCAAUGAGCAUCCGCAGGGCAACCAGUCAGGGUUUGGCCAGUCCGCUGCUCAGUCCCUCAUGAACCGGGGACAGAGUACUACAACCAAUGCGUUGGCUGGCAUCGGCUCGGGUGCAUUUGGUAGCAACACGCAGUCUCGAGGAUUCGGGGGCAAUGUUGGAGGCGGUACAUUUGGCCAAACAGGCGGCGGUAGUGCAUUUGGCCAAGCACGCAGUGGUAGUGCAUUUGGCCAAGCAAGCAGUGGUAGUGCAUUUGGCCAGACAGGCGGCGGUAGUGCAUUUGACCAAGCACGCAAUGGCACGUUUGGCCACACAGGCAAUGGCAGUGCAUUCGGGCAGACAAGUGGUGGCAGCGCAUUUGCCCAGAGAGGUGGCAGCGGAGGAGCGUUUGGGACUACAGGAGGACAUGCGUUUAGUCAGACUGCUCAAUCAAAGAGUUUUGGCAAUACUGGCACGAGUGCGUUUGGCCAAAUUGCCUCUCGCACCUUUGGCAACACCGGCAGCACUGCAUUUGGAAAUACAGCCAGCACUGGUAGAAGUGCCUUUGGAAACACUGGUGGAGGUGCAUUUGGAACCACCGGCGGUAGCGCUUUUGGAGCCACUGGUGGAAGUGCAUUUGGAACCACUGCAGCGACCGGCGGGGGAUUCGGGCAGUUUGCGCAGCAGCAGCAACAGCAACAGCAACAAUCAGGAUUUCCCACACCACCCGCGAAAGAACGGCCCAUUGGCACCUCAACAGCCGGCACAACCGAUGAAAAGCUCUCCAAGCUCUCGGACGACCUGCUGAAGAAAAUUGCGUCAGAGCGGCCCAAUUGGCGGAUCAGCAGCUUCGGACCCAUCAGCAACGAGCCGAAUAUGCUCAGCGGCAUGGACAUGUCUCCCGAAGAGGCACGGCUUGAGCACAUGCUUGCCAGGAACUCGGGGACCGUUGCCCAGUAUGAACAAAAGUACGCGCAGCUGGAAAACACCGUGUCGCAGGCACUGCAGAACAUUAUCAAGGAUCCGGCGACCGCUGUGAGUGAUUGGGUGAAGAGUUCGGGUAUGGCCGUGAGCCAGGAGGCACUUGCCAAGAGGAACCUGCCAAAGGACGCCUCUGCCAAACAGGCGUUUGGCCAGUCGACCACCCAGUCGGCGUUUGGGCAAACCUCGUCUGGCUCAGCAUUUGGGCAGAUCACUACUCCACGUGGGGCAUUUGGCCAGCCUUCGUCUGGCUCUGCAUUUGGUCAGUCUGUUGGUUCUGCAUUCGGGAACACCACACCCGCAGGAGCCUUUGGCCAGCAGAGCGCAUUCGGACAGAGCGGUGUUGUGGGGGGAUUCAGCAAGCCUGCUGGUGGCGCGAUGAAUAUGCCGUCGUUUGGCAGCACGCCUGAGGAGAUCAAACGCAACACCGGCCCGUCGCGCGAGUUGACGGAGGCGGAGAUCAGCAGCUUCGAGGCGCCCGACUUCAACUUUGGCGAGAUCCCCGAAAUGCCACCCACCAUCGCGCUUCGACAGGGCUGAUCAAUGAUUUUUAAUAAAUCAGACGUGCGAUCAGCGCCUUGCAAAUAAAAAGCAUAAAAUCGCAAAUUUUGUU